UGUCCUUUGCAUCUUCCCCUCGAGUGUCGCAUUCCCUGGGAAAUCCAACCCGAUCAACACAAUUCCAACAACUCGGAUCGCGUGUGCCGAGUAUCCACCCGCUUUCUCCCCGCAACAACAAAGACGACAAUAAUGCCGCUGCGAGAUAUUCUCCAGAAGAAAGACAAGAUUGGCGAUAACAGCGCGCAGUAUUCUGCUGGGGUCCCUUCGACGACUUUAAGUCCGGUGCCUGACAUCACCUUCGUCCGAUCCGAUACCACUACGCAUGAAGUCAUCCGGCCGCCCAUCUACGAAGGCGACCGCGAUGUCGAUCAACGCCAUGCCGCAUACCUGGAUCCCUCGCGACCCAGCUCCUCGUCGCAUCGUCGGUCAUUGAACCCGUUCAGUCGUUCCCGAUCGCCUUCCGAGUCGCAAGGCUCCUCAUCCCCGUCGCGAGCGCGCGGAGAGCGCCGGCUGUCGCAUUUGCUGCAUCGGGAUCGGCGGAACUCGAGCGCGAACUCGGUCAAUGUCCCCGCGGACCUUCCCCAGAUCACGGACGAUAAGGGUAAUGAGCAGGAUACGGAGGCACAAUGGGAGAAAAGGGCAACGAUGCUGGUUCAGCGAAACCCGCAGUUCGCGGGACCUUUGUCGCCAACCUCGUCGGCUGGCUUUGGGCCGACUAGCCCGAUGUCAAGAUCGAGGAGCUCUAGUCAUAGUGGGGUUAUGGAUCGGGAGGGAGAUGUGAGUGCUAUUCGGUCAUCUUGAGUAUAGGGUGAGGUUUAACAAGAGGUGUAGGUCAACGUACAAGAGGCAAUUCGGCUUCACGAGGCUGGCGGCAAGAGAAGAUCUUUCCAUAUUGGCUAUUGGGUUAUGCUGAUA